CUCCAGCACGCUCAUCCGUCUGCUAAAGAAACGCGUGUUUUGACGCAGAAACCGAGCACAGACUCUGUACUUCACACGAAGACGCGUUAAACCAAGCGUUAUGGAAAACUAAACCUUCUUGAACCCAGCUCUUUAACUCCGGCCGCCCUUCCUGCGUUCAAACUACUUGAGUAAAAAGAGGGAGGAGCCGCUAAAAUCAACUUCGGUUCAUAUAUUAUCAUAAGAAGCCAGCGCCCUGCCGCUUCUGCACGAGCAGCUCCUCCGAGACGAAGUUGACCGGUCCGGCAGAAUUCGCCAACUCUCAGCGGCGCGAUGGGGGAUUUGAUCUCGACUCAUCUGGACGAAGCCAAACGGGAGGUGAUAACAGCACGGACAGGGGAGGUGAUGGGAGAGUUUGGUCGACUAUAUGAACAGCAGUAUGCAGUCGCUCUCUUUAACAAGAUGCGCUUCGACAUCGAGGGUGGAGGAGGACCUCAGAAUCAGCUCCUACACAGGAAGGUGCCUCUUAAGAAUAAGUCCAUCUUCUCGGGUGCUUUGUUCCAGUAUCUAGAAGAGAACAAAAAAUGGAGGAAUCGUUUUUUAUUUAUUCCUGACUCCUAUAACAUCAACUAUUAUGAAAACAAACAGGCCCAUGACAGAGGGCUUCAUCCUAAAGGCACCAUUAACUGUGCUGGCUACAGGGUCCUGACCUCUAUGGAAGAAUAUCUUGAGCUCCUUAACACAAGCCUACCAGGUGUAAAAGCUAAAGUUGGCAGUUCUCCAUUCCUGAAAUGUGCAACACAGUUUCCCCUCAUUCUCUGGCAUCCUUAUGCUCGUCACUACUAUUUCUGCGUGGUGACUGAGAAGGAGCAGCAAAAGUGGAACGCCGUCUUCCAAGACUGCGUCAGGCACACAAACAAUGGACUGCCUGAGGAAUGUAAAGUUCAGACCCCCGCGUUCACAGACGCAGUGCGACUUUAUCGACAGGCUCAUGGUCACUAUGGAACCUGGGACAUGAUGUGUGGGACGCCUCCACAGAUCCUUGCCAAUCUUGUCAUGGAGACCCUCCUCCCUGAGAUGAGAGACCUCAUUACCCCCAAACUGAAGGGCAAGAUGCAUGAGAGACAGAGGAAUUGGAUGAUGAUAUCAGAUGCUGUAUACGGGCUGGUUCAGAGCCAGACUCAGGCGCAGUAUGAAGCAGUAGUGCAGAGCUGUGAAGCAGGGCGCCCUCCACUGGAGACCACCAUCCGCACCGACAUGGACCAGAUCAUCACUUCCAAAGAACAUGUGACCAGCAAAAUAAGAGCGCUUGUGCUGCCCAAGGCAGAGAAGCUUCUGAAGGUGAGUAUCCAGCCGUACAUCAGCUCAAUCCUGGAGGCGCUGAUGGAGCCCACCAGCAGAGGCUUCUUCGAGGUGCGAGACUUGUUCUUCAGAGAACUGAUAGACAUGAGCAAGAACCUCCUCAAUGGUGGCAACAAGGAAAAACUUGGAGAGCACAUGGAGAAGAUCUCCAUGCUAGCCUUCCAUCCUGUGAAGAUGCAGAGCUGCUAUGAGAAGGUGGAGACCCUGAGUUUAGAGGGGCUUCAGCAGCGCUUUGACGUUUCCAGCCCCUCUGUGUUUGUCCAAAGAGCCCAAAUCCUAAUGCGAGAGCAAAUGGAUGAUGCGGUGUACACAUUCGAGCACCUCCUGCACCAGAGUUUGGAGGGCCAGGAACAGGAGGAACUCUGUAAAACCAUCCAGCGCUGCCAGGAUCGUGUCAUCAAGAAAUUUGACUACGACAGCAGCACGGUUCGUAAGAAGUUCUUCAGAGAGGCGCUUCUGCAGAUUUUCAUCCCUUACAUGCUGAAACAGCUCUCCCCAUCAUGCUCUGCUGAACUCCCUCGUUUCCAGGAGUUCAUUUUUGAGGAUUUCUCUCGCUUCAUUCUGGUGGAAAACAUAUUUGAGGAGGUGGUGCUGCACACAGUCAUGAAAGAUAUAAUGAUGGCUGUGAAGGAAGCAGCUGUCCAGAGGAGACACAACCUGUACCGAGACAGCAUCGUUUUGACCAACAGCGACCCUAACCUUCACCUGCUGGGGGAGAACCCUCCCAUUGACUGGGCUGAGGAAUAUGGAGGAGGCCAGGAGGAGAUGGCUGGAGAGAACACAGGAGAUCUGGAAACUCAAAAACGGCGCAGAAUGAAGCAGGUGGUUUCCAUGAUCCAGAUAGAAGGCAAUGCCUCUGUGCUGCCCAAUGAAUCAUGCCUGGAAGUGCCCACUGUAGACAAUAUUCCAGAAGAAGAGACAGAGGUCCGUUCAGAGAUCUCAUUGUCCCAAAAGUCUGUGCCCAAUGGAACCAAAGAGGAUGUGAACAAAAAUGCGGUGGAGGAAGAAUCGCCAACAAACAGAAGUAUAGUAAAAGAGGAAGAAAGCACAAGGUCACUACAAGACAUUGGGAGCAAGUCGGCCAUAGACUGUGCCAUACAGGAAAUCGACAAAGCAGUACAGGAAGAGGAACAUGAAGUCAGGACACUGAAAAAUGCAGAGUCGUCAUCCUCAAAAGAGGAAACAGCCGAGGAGGUAAAACCCACCUCAAAUUGUGAAGCAGGGACACAACUCAAUCCAGCAGACACAAACAUAGAUACAACAUCAUGCACAGAGAAGCCUUCGGAUUCGCCGGUAAGGGAAGAGGAAGCAGUGACACCAGCAGACCAGCAAGAAAAUCACAUUACGGCAAGCUCUCAAGACUCCCACACGGAGAAACCCUUCGCUCCGGCACAGCAUGACGACAGCGGAUUCCAGUCACCCACUAAUGAAGCAGCAGAGGAGCAACAGGCGGGAACGGAAGAAUGCAAUGACUUUGAAACAGGAGAGGACACUGGGAAAGGAGAAAGUGCACGUAUGGAUCACCAGUGAAAUAUCUCAUGGACAUGUUCACUUAUUGUGUUUAUGCCUGGAAGUGAGUUAGUGCAUUUUUGCUGUAAAAAACACUUCUUUUUUUUUUUGUCUCACUACUCUGACUGUAUAGGCAUUACUGUCUAUAUUUUUUUUGCAUGCACACUGUCGCAUUUUUUUUUUUUUUUUGCACUUGGAACAACAUCACUCUUAGUUAGAGCUGGGCUCGAAUAUGAACACUUUCUAGGUCAAAAUCUCUUCACCUUUCCAUUUAUGAUAUUCACCUUUUAUCAGAGAUCUCCGUUCCUAGUUAAGUAUUAUUAUUUUUUUUUUUGUACGUAUUAUUUCAUUCCGCCUCAUGAAGAUAGUAUGCGGUGCCUUUAUUUAAAUCUGCGUGCAGCAUCUGAUGCUUAUUGUUAAUGACAAUCAUGCCUUUCCAGAUUUCAAACUGAAGACACUGAAUUUUAUUUAAAAUCAACUUUUUAAUCAAUGUUUGUUUUAUGCAUCAGUGAGAUGGUGAAUCAAAGUAACUACGGGAUGUCUGUUGAGUUCCCUGCGCAGGAGAUGUUUAGCUGGUGAACUAAUACUUGCUGGAAUGAAAACAAGCUACAUCUAGUGUAAGCUUGUUUAAGAUUGGAUAGUUGCUGGCAUUGCUGCAGAUGGUGGAGUAAGCAUUAUUUUCUUAAACACUGCCAUCAUUUCUUGUGAUUAUGGAAUUGACAGCAUAGAUUUUUCGUUAACCGGAUCAAGCAAGUGUAACUGACUGUAAGCCAUUUUUUAUAUGGUGUCUUUUCCUUCCUUUUUCAUUGCUCAAUCUGUGGGUUGUUUUUUGUUUUUUUUUUUUUAAAGUGCGUUUGGUAAUUGCAUUAUGAUAGUACUGUCUGGGUUGCACAUGCACGGUAUAGUACAAGAUGCUGCUCUUAUCGCUUGUGCAUCCUUGUGGAAAUAAGUGUCAUGUUAUGAUGCUUUGAUUUAAAUUCAGUUGGCUUACGUAAAGGGGAAUCCAGCAUGUGAUUCAAUUGAUAUUGGUUUUAAUACAGCACAACUGUUCAAAUUGAGCUUACAAAGAAAUUUAUGCGUAAAAUGUUAUCAAUAGGCUCCGACUUGUGUAUCUGACCGCAAAGGCUUCCUAAUUUCUUCUGACAGUUUUUAAAGAGUUUUAUCUAUAAAAUGAAAACAACUUCAACUUUUAAUUGAGGUAAUUGGACAAUUUAUUUAUUAGUUACAGCACUUGGUACUAUGUGUAUUAUCAUUACCUUUUUAAUUGUAGCCUGCACAAAUCCUUUUGUGUUUUUAUUGUAUUCUGUUUUGGAACAAUAAAUCAAUAUCACUGA